UUCCAUAACCUAGAUUUGGCCGACCAACUUCAGAUAUGGCUGCUGCUUUUGCUUCCAAAUGUUCCCGCGCCACGCUCUUGUACUCAGACGUGUGAUCUUCUCCCCCUUUUAUAUGUGUAAAGAGAGAGACGCCUCUGUAAUGUUAAUUUCCUGUCAUCGUCAACUAUCCAUUGGAACCUUGGGCCGUUCACUGUUGGGUGGACUUGGAAACAAUCUGCCUGGUUUAUUGAGCACAGCGCAGGAGACAGUAUGCAGUAGUUUCAUCUCGCAGCAACAAAGAACUUUCAUACAGAUGAGGACUGUGCUUAAAGUAGUGGACAACUCGGGGGCAAAAAAGGUGAUGUGCAUACAAGCUUUGAAGGGAAAGAAAGGAGCAAGACUCGGAGACACGAUAGUCGCAUCAGUGAAGGAAGCCCAUCCUAAUGGAAAAGUGAAGAAAGGGAAGGUUGUAUAUGGAGUGGUUGUGCGAGCUGCAAUGCAAAAAGGUCGCUGCGAUGGGAGUGAGGUCAAGUUUGAUGAUAAUGCUGUAGUCCUUGUUGAUAAGCAAGGCCAGCCCAUCGGGACGAGAGUGUUCGGUCCAGUUCCUCACGAACUCAGGAAGAAAAAGCACGUAAAGAUUCUUACUUUGGCAGAGCACAUUGCUUGAAAUCUGUAAGCAGAUUGGAGCCAUGGGCAAGAAGGUUUCUGUUUGUUAACUUGUUGAACAUGAUGUGCCUACAAUACAACCUCAUUGGGAUUUAUUGGAAGAAAGAAGAGGAAUCUGCUAAAACCAUCGGAAUAAUUGUCUUUGACAAUAAUAAGAAGUAGUUGUUGCAGUCGCCGACUUGGCUUUGCGAUUCCUCACGUCAUCGAAUUCUCCAGAAUGUAGCGGAAAGUUUUCGAUUGCUCGGUCUUCCAGUUAGGCAAGUUACCAUUAUAUAAGGUUUGGAUUUUGACAAAGUACUUCCUGUCUGGUUAGAGUUUUUUAGACACCACGAUGAUCUAACUUUCUCAUCAAGAUCUUUCAGAAGUCAAAAGUUUGCCUCCUUUUUUAUUAAAGCAUAAGCGUUUCUUGGACUGUCUUUGUUAUGCUAAUGAAGAGAUCUAACACAUAUCCAAUGUGUAUUGCAAUUUUGUUAUAAACCCUAAUAUUUUCCAAUGCUUAAUGCAUACAUUUAA